GCUCUCUCCGCCGCCUUGGGCAGAGAUAGUUUUGCCCCUCCUUUGAGAAGUACAUUUGCACCAUCUGAACGCUGUCGUCCUCAGGUUAAAGGACUUGCUGAAGGUAGUGUCUAGACACGGCCCUGCCUUGAAGCCCAGAGGCCGGGUGUGAGAAAGGUCCACAAUGUCUGAGCUUUUUAUGGAAUGUGUGGAGGAGGAGCUAGAACCGUGGCAGAAACAAGUUCCUGAAGUUCACCUGAUAGAAGAUGAUGACGAUGAACCCAUCUUCGUUGGAGUGCUCUCUAAUAACCAAAAGGAUGAUAAACCUAACCCUCCACCUCCCCAGAGGAGCAGUGCAGAGAAACAAGAAGUAAAGCCUCCUGCUCCUCAGCCUGCCAUUGGGUCCUCACCAAUAAUGCUGCCACUGAGCAUCACUGGAAAUGCAGUGAAUACUGCUGCACCCAAUCUGACAACAGUCACUCCUCAGCCUGUUAUCGUCAAUAACCAGGGCUUUAUUGUCACUUCUCCACAAUUAGCAAACAGCAGUGAGUUUAUUGCCUCUCUUGGGACCCAGUACCCCCCGGGGACUUCAUUUACGAUCGUACCAGCUGGUCAGCAGCAUCUUUUUCAGCAGGUGACUCCAGCCACAGUAAUACCUGGUGCCGUCCACAGGCCUCAGGUGCAACAAAUAAGCAAUAACAUUGUAACGCUGUCGAACGUCCAGAGCCCUGCUGUGUAUUCAACCCAGUCUAAUCAGCUGCAACCCAACCGGUCCAACUCGCUAUCUCUUCAGACCUUUUCUAUGCCUAUGAAGGCCAAUAGCAAUAACAGAGAUCAAAUCUUACUCAAACGAGGAUUGCAGCCACAGCAAAUAGACAGCGUCGCAAAAAGAGUCAAGCUUGAUUUGGGGCCGACAAAAGUAGUCCCAGUGGAAAAUGGGGUCUUAAAGAAAAAGUGCUCAAAGUGUCAGGAAGAAUUCCUUACGCAGGAAGCCCUGAGAUGUCACGCGAGUAGCUGCAGUGCAAACAAGGAAGGUCCAGCUCCGUCAGCGCUAGACAUCAGUGCAAACAAGCGCAUCAUGCUGGUCUCAGAUUUCUACUACGGCCGUUUUGAGGGAGAUGGGAAGAAGAAAGAGACCCAGAAGCCCAACACCACUUUCAAGUGCCAGAGCUGUUUAAAAGUUCUCAAGAACAAUAUCAGGUUCAUGAACCACAUGAAGCACCACCUGGAGCUGGAAAAGCAGAACAGUGAGAGCUGGGAAAGCCACACAACUUGCCAGCAUUGCUACAGACAGUACAUGACUCCUUUCCAGCUGCAGUGCCACAUCGAGAGUGCUCACAGCUCGAUUGAAUCCUCGACCAAUUGCAAGAUAUGCGAGCUGGCAUUUGAGUCGGAGCAAGUUCUCCUGGAACACAUGAAAGACAACCACAAGCCCGGAGAAAUGCCCUACGUCUGCCAGGUCUGCAAUUACAGGUCCUCUUUCUUCUCGGAUGUGGAGACGCAUUUCCGAAGUGUCCAUGAAAACACAAAAGACCUGCUCUGCCCCUUCUGUCUCAAAGUUCUUAGAAGUAGUCACAUAUACAUGCAACACUACAUGAAACAUCAGAAAAAAGGGAUCCAUCGCUGUGGAAAAUGCAGACUGAAUUUCCUCACCUACAAGGAGAAAGUGGAGCACAGGACUCACGUCCACAAGACUUUCAGAAAACCUAAAGCCCUGGAGGGCCUUCCUCCAGGAACAAAGGUGACCAUUCGAGCCUCCCUCACAGGAAAGGCACCCACCUUGCCGAGCUCCCCUGAUCGAUCUGGCUUUGUUGUCAGUCAAGAAACACUAAGUUUCAGUCCGCAAACCAAACCUCCAGUCGGUGUAUCGACGUCUAAAUCAAACGUCCCUGCAGCGGGAAAAGCCAAGGCGACUCAGAGCAAGAAGCAAGGUGGCCGCGCUACCAAGCACAACCUGGUGCUCAAGAAUCUCAGAGUCAAUAGAGGACGUUACACGUGUAUCGAGUGCAACUCACAAGUUGACGACUUCUUUUCUCAUUUCCCAAUGGCUUCAAAUUGUGGAGCGUGCAAAUAUCGGACCAGUUGCAAAGUUGCCAUUGGGAAUCACAUGAUAAGAUUUCAUAGUACCAUAACCAAAAACAGAUUUUUGAAAAUGGAUCAUAAGAAAAAUCCAACUGCGUUAAAAUUAACUCUGGUCUGUCUCAACUGCGACCUCCUCGUGGACUCUUCAGGUGGUGACCUGAUGACCAAGCAUUUAACUGACAGACCAAAUCACAUAUGCAAAGUCAUUCAAGAGAAAGAUAUGAAAGCCAAAGAUCGAGUGCAUCUCAUCUUGGGGCAGCCAGCAAAGGUCUUGUACCUCUUGACAUCAGCACCUGCUCAAAGACCAAAGGAAAUGGACUUGAAACUAGCUGAAAGUGUGACAUCUGGAAGUGUUACUGUCGCCGCUGUCAACCAACCACAAUCGGAGCCGAAGUUACCGUCAGGGGAUCAGGAAAAGGGUUCCACUGAAAUAAGUGCCAUUGAAGGUUCCUCUGAAGGACAAUUAAAGCAGCCUUUGCUGCCAGCUUUAUCGUCUUCCUGCACAUCAGAUGGGGUUUCUCUUUGCGAUGAGUUGUUGGGUAACUCGGAGAGCCCCGAGGUCAGAGAGCAGCUCCCUGUCCCAGGGAUUGUCCCUGAACAUGAGACGGGGGGACAACAAACUAAGCCAGAAUGAACCUGUACAUAGCUAAACAAUGCACAUGCCACAUGAGAAGACUGCACAGUUAUGAAUUUAAAAAUAAUUGCAUCAUCAGCUAUACCUCUGUAUUGUUUUGUUUAUCAAUAUCGAACAUAUGAUAAUGUUGCUGUGGCUGCUGGUAUUUGCUACUAGUCCCCUCAAGAUUGAUGUGUUUGGCAAGCCUAUUUCAAAGAAACGGAUUUUACACAUUUUGGGGUUUAUUUGGUUUUUUUCACUCUUCUGUCCAAACUUCCAUUGUCAAAUAGAAUUGAAAGAAAAGUAUGUUUGGAUUUCUAAAUGAAAAUACAAACACUACAGUCUUCUUAUUUGCCUUAUAAACUACAUAGUUAAAUUUUCAGUCAUAUUUGACAGAUUAUAGGCCGCUCAAUGUUGGUUGUUGGUUUGACUUAAGUGAUUGUACCUCAUUUUGUAUUUCUUAAGAGGACAGUAUUUGGCUCUAACCAUCAGUCCAGAUGGUUUAUAAUUUGCUUUCCUGAGAAGGGUGAACACAUUUGGUCAGUGUACAUGCUCCCGUUCUCUAAGGGUGCUUUCAGUAAAAAAUCUCCAUGUAGUUCCCUUUUAAGUUCAUAUACUUAAAUAAUGUCGUUUUGCUUUUGGAUUCAAUUUUGUUUAAGUCAUGUUUUCUUCAGAGACUAUUUUCUAAUACUAUCUCGAUUUGAGUUAAGUUGGGGGGGGGGAGUUGAAAGUUGCAUUUGAGGUUGCUAUACCAAAAACACAAAUUAUCACUGAAAUGUAUACAUUGUUUACAGUAAAUUCCUGGUUUGUGGCUAUGUGGUAAAGUUAUAUUGUUACCAGCUGGUUUUGAAUAUCCCUGAGGAAGAAUUAUAGUUGUAUAUGUAUAGAAAAUAUUAGCUUAAAAUUGUAUUCCCUAAGAAAAAGAAUGUCGGCUUUGUGAAACGUCUGGCUUGUAUAAAACAGAACUGAGCCGUGAAAGGUGGAAAAUUACUCCAACUAUCUGAGGAGUCAGUAAAAUAAUAUACGUAUGCCACUGUGUUCAAGUACAUUUUAUCAUUUUAAGAGAUGUAUACAAAUUAACUUUGGUUGAGGAAUUUGGCACGGCAUUCAGCCUGAUGAAAUCUGUCAACCAAUUUUUAUGUCUUAGCUGCUGGUUGAUUAAGUUGCCUUUUUAUUUUGCAUUUGGGGUUAAAAGGCAAAUUCACUGUAGCUUUAGGAAUAUUUUAUACAGUAUCAUUAGUUUACUCUGUGUGACUUAAUGUUAGUCAUUUUUAAGUUCUUAGAUUUUUAAAAAGGGGUUAGGGUUAGGGUUAUAUGUAUGUGUGUGUAUGUAUGUAUGUAUAUAUAUAUAUAUAUAUACACACACACACAGUAUCUGUACAGCAAGUUUGUAAAUACACCAUUUGUCAUCUAUCCCCAGUCUGUUUUGAAUACAUUCCUGUAAAAUUGUAAUAUUGUUUUCCCCUUUAGGACAUAUUUUCCUCAGAUCUGUAAACUUCUGGGAAUGGAUCAGUGUUUUCCUCUGUUAGGUCUGUUAUGUAAAUAAAUCUUUAAUACAAGA